AUGAAGAAAUUCGAUAAUUAUGAAUCGUUUUUGAAACUAACAAAUAGAAUGUCUGAGAAUUCUACUCCUAUUGGAAAUAUAAGUUAAGUAUUAAUUUAAGAUAAAUUUAAAAGUAAAAGCCAUUAUAUCAUCCAACUGUCUUGAAUGGGUUGAGGAAUAAGAAUACAUAAUCCUAUAAAACUCUUUGUUCUCCUUCAAAGGUGUUUGAUCAUUCUGAUACACCAGAUAAUACAUAUAACUAUAAAAAUAAGUAUGAAGCAAGUGAAAGGAAAAGAUAAAUUGAGGCAAACUCAUAAAGAACUAUUAAUCCAAGUCUUGAAAAAAUGAAUUCACCUCAAUAAUCAAGGAUACAACAAAGUAUUCGUUACAAUGUAAAUUCAGAGAGUAUUUACAAAGAACCUAAACGUUAAGUAAAGUAACGAAUAUUUAUUAUAAAUAGAGCUUGUACAUAAAAAUCUUAGGAUUUUAAUCAUAGAAUUAAUUUACCUAUUAGUAAAGUAAAGAAUUAUUUAUAAUUUUAGAUGUAAGUAAAUGAAGGUAAUGAAGAAUGUGGAAUCUCUCGAACUCAUAAAAAAUCAUAAUCUAUUAGGACUUUUGUAGAUCAAUAGAAUUCUCCUAUAUAAAAUGAUUGUAAAAGAAACAAAACUAUUUAGGUUUUUAAAUUUAUACUGAUAGAGCAAAAACAACACAUUAUGAUGAAAGUUUUCGUCAUUUAUUAACAAGUUAUUAAAAAGCAAAUGUAAUUAAAAAUGAUGGUAAAAAAAAAUAUCCUUAAAGUCUAUAAAUUUAUGAAUAAACUAAAAUAGUUGAGUAAUAAGCUUUAAAACCAUAUAAUAGAGUUCUUUAAUAAAGUGAUAAUGAACAAAAUGUAAUUAUUUGUAAUUUAAAAUUAAGAUAAAAUAAAAUAAAAAAGGUUAAGGAGAUCAGUUCUAUAAUCAAUAGAAAUCAACUUUUAAGAUAUAUUGA